AUGUCUGAGACGGCUCCUGCUCCACCGGCCGCUCCCGCAGCCCCGGCCCCCGCGGAGAAGGCCCCGGCCAAGAAGAAGGUGAAGAAGCCGGCGGCGGGCGGAGCGCGUCGCAAGGCUGCGGGGCCCUCGGUGUCCGAGCUGAUCGUCCAAGCGGUGUCGGCGUCCAAGGAGCGCAAUGGGGUGUCUUUGGCCGCCCUGAAAAAAGCUCUGGCCGCCGCCGGCUACGACGUGGAGAAGAACAACAGCCGCAUCAAGCUGGGGCUCAAGAGCCUGGUCGCCAAAGGCACCCUGGUGCAGACCAAAGGCACCGGCGCCUCGGGCUCCUUCAAGAUCAACAAGAAGGCGUCCGGCUCCGAAGGCAAGGCCAGGCCGAAAGCCAAGAAGCCCGCGGCAGCCGCCAAGCCCAAGAAAGCGGCUGGGGCCGCCAAGAAGCCCAAAAAACCGGCGGCCUCCGCGGCCAAAAAGAGCGUGAAAAGGACCCCGAAGAAAGCCAAGAAGCCGGUAGCAGCGGCGGCGGCUAAGAAAGCUGCCAAAAGCCCCAAAAAGGUCAAAGCAGUUAGGAAAACAGCUAAGAGUCCGGCCAAGCCUAAAGCUGUCAAGCCCAAAGCGGCUAAACCGAAGGCUGCAAAGCCCAAGACAGUCAAGCCCAAGAAGACCACGGCGGCCAAGAAGAAGUAGGAAGGUCCUGCGAUAACUCUGUCCUCCACCCCAACGGCUCUUUUCAGAGCCACCCAUAGAUCUCAGACAAAGAGCUAAGUACACUUCGUUAGUACCUUGUUCCUUGGUGGGAGGGAGAUAAGGCAGCUUCCUUAAGAAUUAAU